AUGUUCUCAUUUGUGUUCCCCGCAAAUUUAAAAGAAGGUGAAAAAAUCGAAGUCUAAUUAGACCCAGAAGACCCUGAUUCUACUGUAUUAGUAUGCAAAGUGGAUGAAACUUAUUUUUGCGUUUCUAAUAAAUGCCCCAUUUUUGGAGCUCCUUUAAGUAAAGGUCAUUUAUUUAAAGAUAAGAUUGUUUGUCCAUAACAUAAUACUUAGUUUUCAGUCAAAAGUGGAUAUGUUGAAGGCGGCCCGGUAUUUGAUGGGCUCUAAAGAUUUUAAAUAACCGAGAAAGAUGGUAAAUUGAGAAUUAAGGUGCCCAAAAAUAAACUGAAUAUACCUAAAAAUAUGAAAAUGGUUAAAUAUGACAUCAAUAAUAAAUAAAAAUAUGUCAUUAUAGGAGGAGGGCCAGCUGGUUUAAGUGCUGCUGAAACUCUAAGGUAAUGCGGGUUUAGUGGAAAGAUAAUUAUUGUGAAUAAAGAGAAGUAUUUAGCUUAUGAUAGGACUGUAUUGUCUAAAAAUGUGUUUUUUUCAAGAAUUAAGGACUUGUAAUUUAGAUAGAAGGAUUUUUUGGAUAAUUAUGGAAUCGAAAUUUUAAAUGAAGAAGAAGUUGUGGAAAUCAAUUCUGAAAGGAAAUUUGUAGAAACUAAAAAUAAAAAUCAUAUUCAUUUUGACAAAUUGUUAAUUAGUUCAGGCUCAGAACCGGUUGUUUUUGAGUGCUUUUAGGAAUUAUUUUAAUAAAAUAAGGAAAUAAAUAAUUUAGUUACUUUAAGAGAAUACUAGGAUGUAGUUAAAAUCAGAAAAUAAAUAUUAGUUUAAAAUGAAAAAAAUAAAAAACCCAAAAUUUAAUAAAAAAAAAAUAUUUUAAUUGUCGGAGCUUCUUUUAAUGGGAUGGAAAGUGCGUCUUCCAUUAAAGAAUUUCUAAAGGAAAAUGCUAAUAUUACUAUCAUAGAUAUUAAUUAAUAACCUUAUGAAAGACUUUUGGGAAAAGAAGUAGGGAAUGCCAUUAAGGAAAAUUUUAAGCAAAAUGGGGUUAAUUUCUUAAUGAAUUGUACUAUAAAGGAUUUUAAAGAAGAAGAUAAUAAAAUAUAGACUGUUACAUUGUCUACAGGGGAAGUUUUGAAACCUGAUUUAGUGUUAUUGGGUACUGGAACUCUUCCUAAUACUAAGUUUGUAGGCUAGGAGGUCGAAAAAGAUGAAUUUGGAGCAAUCAAAACUGAUAGCUUUUUAUAAAGUAGUAAUGAAAGUAUUUAUGCGGCAGGGGAUGUGGCUUGUUAUCCGUAUCAUUUUACUGGGGAAAGAAUUAGAUCAGAACAUAUAAAUUCUUCGGUCUAUUAGGGAUAUAUAGCAGCUCUAAAUAUGUACGGGAAACUAACUCCGGUUUAAUAAAUACCGUUUUUUUGGACAGGAUUUUUCGGGAAAUAAUUACAUUAUACGGGAUUUGUGAAAAAUUAUGAUGAAGUAUAUAUUCAAGGAGAUUUAAAGAAAUUAGAAUUUUUGGCCUGGUAUUUAAAAAAUGAUAAGGUAUUGGCAGUCGCAAGUGUCAAUUAAGGACCUGUAGGGAUUUUAAUUAAUGAGGCAAUGAGAUUAAAUUUAUUACCUUCAGCUAUGGAUAUUAAGAAGGGGAGAGUUAAUUUAGAUGAUAUUUAAAAAAAAGUUAAUGAAGCAGCAAGAUAGUGCAAGUGUAAAAGAUAAAGUAAAUGUAAAAUAUGA